AUGCUCAAGUCAUUCGCAGCGAUUCAUUUCCGCCAUUUCACGCCCACACCCAUAAUCUCUCACACCCUGUUUCGCAACAUGAGCGACAGCAAGCCAACCGCACCCCUGGCUUUGCCAUCCACCGAAUCCACCUCGGAUACCUCGGAUGGCUCCACCAACCUCACUCUCGGAGGCACAGUCAGUAUGGACGCCCUGGGACCCGUCGUCGUUAACGUCAACGGCACCUUGUCCCGCAUCAACAACUGGGCCGAGAUGAAUGAGAUUGAGAAAGAGAACACAUUACGCGUCCUCGGCAAACGUAAUCGUCAACGGCGCGAAGCCCUCCUGGCAGCCCAGUCUGCUGAAGAGGAGGCCGGCAAGGACUCUGGGAAGGAUUGA